AUGAAUGGAAGUGACUCGAAACAACGAGAUAUAACUGUUCAAGACUUUAAAGUGGAGACUCUACUGAAACUGGCAAAUGGAAUACACAAGAACCCAUUACAAAGUGUUGUUUAUGACUCAAACGUCGAUGAAUGGAGUUCGGAACUGGUGAAGAAGAAGGUCAACACAUACACUAAUAUAACUCUCUUUGUAUUCACUAAUUCAGACUACGUCUUUGGACUUCAUGCAAAUGACAUUCGAUUGGCUCAACAAAACUCAUUCUCGGAGAGUUCAUCCCACUUCCUCUUCACUUACAAAAACACUCUAAAAGGCCUUUCACAAGAUGAGAUGGCGAAAGGCAAUAUUCUUCCCAAAAUAAUCCACCCAAAGCGCUUCAGUCAGUCGACUCUUUUAUUCUCAGACACUAAGGCACAAUUGUUUCAAACUGGCGCCUUCAUUAUUCAGCUUGAUAAUACCCACAACACAAGUUUCAUAGACAACAACAUGUUCUUAAGGUACACCAACGUCGAACGACAAGACUUUGUUCCCGACAAGAUGUACUUCUUUGGUACACUGCGAGUGGUCUUGAUUGCUUCAUAUAACUGGAGAUAA